AUGGAAGGAAAUAACGACUCUGGAAUACAACGAGCGCCCAUGCCGAGUAUAUACGGACGCCUCCUCGCACAGCGAGCGGUGGGAUGGCAAGGAUCCGCCCUUGCUGUUUACGAGUCGGAGCUGGCAUCUGUACCGGGAUGGUGCUCUGAGAGUAGGGCAAAACUAGUCAUGACCCUGCCCGUCAAGAAGCAGGCAAGCCCCAAAAAAGUGCCUGAGCGGCCCGGAGCCCUCCGCUCCAGUUUUGACAGCAGCCGAAGGGACGUCUUUGGCUGA